CUUUUUAAACCACAGUUUUAUGUCCAUUAAAUUGUUUUGUAGAGACUAAAAUCAGGAAAAGUUAUGGAGUGUUUAAAAACACAAGCCAUCUUUUUACUAAUUUAUUUUGAUUUGUAAGGAGAUUGUUUUUAUGACAACUACACAUUAUCUAGAAGAGUUUAGAAGCAAAAGAACUGUGUUGAAUAUAUUCAUUAUCCUUUUUUUACAAUCAUAUAUUUUAGCUGAUAAGAUCACACAAAUACUUUCAAAUUUCAUAUAUCUGCAACUCUAAAAGAAUUUAAAAAGGAUGCAUUGUACUAAAUGUCUAAACCGAAAUGCAACACAAUUACAUAAAACAUUUCAAAAACAGUUGCGCUCAUGGAAGCGAUGCUUGAAUGCUUCAACUGAAAUUACUGAAAAAGCACCCAAUGAAAUACCAUAUCAUAUUUGUAAAAACGACCCUACUCAACACACAAUGGAAGACUACUCCAAGUUAUAUAUCAUACCGAAUAAUGAAGUACAAGGCAGAUUACAACAUGCUGUCCCAUUACAAUUUAAAGAAUUUUCCGACAUAGUUCGAGAAAGUGGUAUAAUUCUCCGUAAACCGUCGCUUAGUAUUUUAAAAAUAUUUCAAGAAUCGAAAUUACACCCUCCACCAAAGAUUUUGCUCUAUGGUCCUGUAGGUAGUGGGAAGAGCUUGUCUCUCCUCCACAUCAUUCAAUAUUGUUUACUCAAAGACUGGGUUGUACUGCAUGUACCAAAUGGUUUUCACUUUAUCGAUCGUCAAGGUAGAACGCCUAUCCAAGAAUCACAAUGGAGGACUGCACGUGUGGAUCAACCGGAAGAAGCAAUGUUGUGGUUAAAUCAAUUUCGAAACAUGAACCCAAAAUUUCUGGAAGAGACUAAAACAACUCAAGUGUAUAAAUGGGGAAAAAGAGAAAGUACAGACAAAGACCAGCCAUUGUUACACGUUGUAGAACAGGGCGUUGGCCGAAGCAUGUUCUCCACUGAUGCUGUUGGUGUUAUAUUAAAAGAAAUUCAGCAGAAUACAAGUCUUAAAGUGUUGUAUGCGGUUGAUGGCUUUAAUAGUUUCUUCGGAAAGACAUCACACAAAUUAAAUGGAAGAUUGGUGAAUCUGGAAGAACUAUCUUUGAUUCGCCAUUUCACGAAACUGUUAAAACCGGAAUAUUCUCUUCCAAACGGAGCAUAUGUUAUGGCAAUGUCCCAAUCCUCGCAUUAUUUAGUCAAAAAGGCUGGAUACGAAGUUAACGAGAUAUUGCCAGAUGAAGUAUUGCAUGGUUUGGGUGAUUACACAGCAGUUGAAGUCCCAUAUUACAACGAUCAAGAAUAUGAAACGAUGAUGAAGUAUUACCGUGAAAAAAGAUGGAUGACAAAAGUUUGUUCCACAAUUCGAAAAUCACAGGGAGUGCAACGUUCCUCGCCGAUCCUACACAUCUGCUAAAGCAUAACUCUUGCAGCUUUUCGGCUUCGAAGAAUUUGACAAGAGAUGCUGUUUCGUCAUUUCGAAAUAUGGCCAAUAAACUGCCAUUUUCUAAGUAUUUAUAAACAGGAUUGUAGAAAUUUUUGUGUUCACAUCACGUGAACAGCUUUGGACAUUUCCAUUAAAUAGCUGUUUAAGAAAGCGCGUAAAAGAUUUGAUUGCGCGACGAGCAGACUGCUUUUAGCGAAUUUCUUGCUAAAAAGAAUAAUAGCAGCCCCGAACCGCGCGUUAAAAAGCUUCCAAAAUUUUCGAGAAUUUCAAACUACAUUAGUUUUACCUUAAUCGCAGCCAAAAUGAAACUCAUGGCAAAAUUCUCCUUUCCCCACUUCAAUGUUUUCUCGGGAUACCCGAAAUAUACCCGCUUGGUUGAAAUAAUUUACACAGUAUAAAGCAACAUUGCAAGGGGAGCCUAUCUAAUUCACAUCCGGGCCGACAUGUGAACAGAGUAUUCAGGUAAAUAAAAUCACGCUUGUUUUGCCGACACGAAUCAAUUUAAAGUAGUAAGGCUGCAAGAGGAAAAACGGACCAAAUCAGCAAU